AAGGCUUCGGCGCUCUGGGUUGAGAGAAGAAGAGAGAGAACCCACUACUGAGCAGAAGAAGAGAAGGAUAAUAAGUGAGGAGAUCGACGAGGAGCGGAGGAGGGGCGUGGUGGUAGCCAUGGACGACUCGGCGCCGGGGAAGCUGGACGAGAUCACGGGAGGGGGAGGGGCGCCCGGGGACUGGAGCUAUCUCACGUCGGACGGGAUGGCUUCCGGCUCCUUCCCGCUCUUCCCCUUCCCCAGGGACGCCCUCUCCACGCCGCCGUCGGCCGCCUCGCUGCUCCUCUCCAUGGACCCCGCCGCCCUCUUCGAUAUCCGUGGCGCCUUCCCCCCGCCGUCAUCCGCCGCUGGCGGCGGCGGCUCCGAGCUGCCCGCCUUCCACGACUUCACCUCCAACAACCCCUUCGACGACGCCGGGCAGUUCCUCGCCGCGCCCCCGCCGGCGCCGGCGGAGCAGCACCAGGGGCACAAAGGUGGGUUCUUGGCGCCGCCGCCAGCCCCGGCCUUCGGGAUCGACUGGGACGACGACGAUGAGAUGGAGCACAGCGUCGACGCGUCCUCCAUGGCCAUCUCGGCCUCCAUGGAGAAUGCUGCGGGCGCGUCCACGGGAGGAGGUGGCGGUGGCGGCGGCAGCGGGAGGGGCAAGAAGAAGGGGAUGCCGGCCAAGAACCUCAUGGCGGAGCGCCGCCGCCGGAAGAAGCUCAAUGACCGCCUCUAUAUGCUGCGCUCGGUGGUGCCCAAGAUCAGCAAGAUGGAUAGGGCUUCCAUCCUUGGUGAUGCAAUUGAGUACUUGAAGGAACUCCUUCAAAGGAUCAACGAUCUCCACAAUGAAAUUGAGUCUGCUCCAAGCUCUUCGCUUGUUGGGCCAACAUCAGCCAGCUUUCAUCCGUCAACACCAACAUUGCAAACAUUUCCUGGACAUGUCAAAGAGGAACUUUGCCCAGCUGCAUUUCCUAGCCCUAAUGGACAGCAAGCCACGGUUGAAGUCAGGAUGAGGGAGGGGCAUGCAGUCAAUAUCCACAUGUUCUGUGCGCGUAGGCCUGGCAUCCUGCUGUCCACAAUGACGGCCCUGGACGGCCUGGGUCUCGACAUUGAGCAGGCGGUCAUCAGCUGCUUCAAUGGGUUUGCAAUGGAUGUCUUCCGAGCUGAGCAAUGCGGGGAUGGUCCUGGACUCGUGCCUGAUGAAAUUAAGGCUGUGCUGUUGCACACUGCUGGUCUUCCCAACGCAAUGUAGCUGGUCUGAAAACAAAGGGCUUCGAUUCGGAAGCGGCAAAGCUGUGCUGUUCAUCGGUUUCUGGUUCAAGUGAUGAGAUGAUGCUCGCCAUCUAGGGACAUGAGUUAUGAUGUAACUAUGGAUUUUCUUUCGUUUACUUUCGGGUUUUCUCUUUAGUACUGUGAUGUAGUAGAAUCUAUGUCGUGUGUUAAACAAUCUGUUGGAUGGUGAUGAGAUAAUCAGAUUCAGACAUUCAGUGCCGUGUCGGUCAGA